AUGUCAGUUCUUCUUCGUAAGGUGUAUGCUGUCGUCCAUGCUUUGUUGAUUGUCAUGCAUUACGCGUGCAUGGCGAUUAAUAUGGCAAAAUACUCGGACGAAGUCAACGAGCUGACCGCUAACACAAUCACGGUUCUUUUCUUCGCGCAUACUAUUAUCAAGUUGACCUUCUUUGCUAUCACCUCAAAGAACUUUUACAGGACUCUAGCGGUAUGGAACCAGUCGAACAGCCAUCCUCUCUUCACGGAGUCCGACUCAAGGUACCACCAGCUCGCGCUCACCAAGAUGAGGAGGCUCCUCUACUUCAUCUGCGGAACGACCAUCUUUGCUGUGACGUGUUGGGUAACGAUCACGUUCUUCGGAGACUCAGUGCGUAUGCUGGUGGACAAGGAGACUAAUGAGACGCUGACGGAACCCGUCCCGAGACUACCACUCAAGGCUUGGUAUCCUUUCGAUGCUAUGAGCGGCACCAUGUACGUCGCUGCGUUUGCAUUUCAGAUCUACUGGCUGCUCUUUGCCAUGUCCAUCGCGAACCUCCUGGACGUGAUGUUCUGCUCCUGGCUGAUCUACGCGUGCGAACAGCUCCAACAUUUGAAAGCCAUCAUGAAGCCUUUGAUGGAACUUAGCGCGUCUUUGGACACCUACAGACCGAAUACUGCUGAACUGUUUAAAGUUUCCUCUACGGAGGUAUCAGAGAAGGUGCCGGAACCAGUAGACAUGGAUAUCAGAGGGAUAUAUUCAAGUCAGCAUGACUUUGGAAUGACGCUGCGCGGUGGCGGGGGCAGACUGCAGACUUUUGGCCAGAACCCCAACAACCCGAACGGUUUGACCCAAAAACAGGAAAUACUCGCACGUUCAGCUAUCAAGUAUUGGGUUGAAAGGCACAAACAUAUUGUGAGAUUAGUAUCUUCUAUAGGAGAUACAUAUGGAACGGCUCUAUUAUUCCACAUGCUGGUGUCUACUAUUACUUUGACAUUGUUAGCUUAUCAAGCAACUAAGAUCAACGGAUUGAACGUUUACGCAUUCAGUACAGUGGGCUAUCUAGGCUAUACUCUUGGACAAGUGUUUCACUUUUGCAUCUUUGGCAACAAGCUUAUCGAAGAGAGUUCAUCAGUGAUGGAGGCAGCGUACUCCUGCCAGUGGUACGAUGGCUCCGAAGAGGCGAAGACGUUCGUGCAGAUUGUCUGCCAGCAGUGUCAGAAGGCUAUGAGCAUUUCCGGCGCCAAGUUCUUCACCGUCUCAUUGGAUUUGUUUGCAUCUGUCCUAGGAGCCGUGGUCACAUACUUCAUGGUAUUGGUGCAGCUGAAGUAACUGAAGAAGUACUUACAUUAUGUAAAAUACACAAAAUAUUAUUUAUAAAGUUUUAUAGUUACUUAGAUUAUUUACAAUCAGAAAUUGAAAAUCCGUCGCCCAUUUUUAAUGAACUAACUACCUACCUAAAAAAAGUUAAAUAUAAAAAAAAAUUUGUAAUUUUUUUUUCAGAUAAAUACGUAGUAUAUAAUUAAAUCUGAAUCACCAAAAAGAAUUAUUGAAUUUACGUUAUUAAUUUUUUAUUCUAAAUUUUGUAACACACCUAAAGAAUGGGAUACGCAUUUUAAUUUUGAAUAUUAUUUGUACUACCUUUAUCACAUGGUGUGCGAAA